AGGGCAGAAGAAGAAUGGCGCACUCUCUCCGCCUGAUCGCGCGGCGCGGCGCGCAAUGCCGGGGCAGGACGAAUGCGCUUGGCAGCGGCGGCGCCGGAUCCUUGCUCCGCCGGGAUUUCCAUGUAAGCGCCCCGAGCUCCAACAACUUCCUCCUCAACAGCCUCUUCCGCUUUGGCGGCCAGUCCUACCAGCAGCAGCAGCAGCAGCAGCAGCAGGCCGCGGCGGAGGCGCCGCCGCCCAAGGAGGAGCGGCGCGCGCGCAAGCCCCGCGAAUACAUGGAGCGAUCGGCCGACACGCUCUCCUAUGUCAAGGACCUCAACAUCAAGCAGCGCCUCAUGGUGAAGAAGUUUAUGAACUCGUGCAUGCGCCAGGGGAAGAAGACCAAGGCCCGGACGAUGUGCUUCAAGGCGUUUGAGCGCCUGGCGAACCACGGCGACGUUCUCCACAUCCUGGAGACCGCGGUGGAGAAUGUGAAGCCGAUCUGCGAGGUCCGGAGGGUGCGCGUCGCCGGGAGCACGCACAACGUCCCCGCGGCCAUCCCGCUCCACCGGCAGCAGAGCCUGUCCAUGCGCUGGAUCGUCCAGGCGGCCAGGAACCGGUUCAAGGCCAAGAAGAAGAUGGGCAUGCCCAAGGCGCUGGCGGACGAGCUGCUGGAUGCGUCCAAGAGAAGCGGCGCGGCGAGGAAGAAGCGGGAUGAUCUCCACCGGCUGGCCGAGGCGAACAGGACGUUGGCGCACUAUCGGUGGUGGUGACGGUCGAUCCAAAGCUUGACAAUCCAAAAGCUGGUGGGUUCAUCCAUCCAGAAGUUCUGGUUGACACAGCUCUCCUUUCUCUGAGAUCACAUUUUCACCGUUUUGGCCGACAAUUGGAAGAAAAACUUGUUUCGUUCUUGCUAUAUACCACAACACCUCCCUCCACGACAUGCUGCGUGUGCUUCAUCUUCAAGAAUCCUCCAACUUUUCUCACAUCUCUUGCUGUGCAAAAGAGCUUCACUUCUAUGUUCUAGGAGCAAUCCUGCCAAAUCGCAGCCAACUCUUUUAUGUGCUCCA